AUGGACGCGCUCGCCGGAGCCGCGGCCGGCAAGGGCCACCGCAAGUCCAAGGCCGGCGCCAAGGUGAACAAGCAGAAGCGCAAGGCCUAUGAAAAGCAGAAGAAGGAGCAGCCGUCGCUGGCCGAGCAGCGCAAGAACCCCAAGGCCUUCGGCGUGGCCAAGGCCGGGCGCGCGCGCAAGACCAUCCAGCGCAACCUGGACCGCGCGCACCGCAAGGAGUACGUGCCCCAGCAGAGCCGCGCCGAGGAGCUGCCGCCGCCCAUCUCGGUGGUCGUCAUGGGCCCCCCGGGCAGCGGCAAGAGCACGGUCAUCCGCUCGCUCGUCAAGCGCUACACGCGCCACAACCUGGUGGAGGUCAAGGGCCCCGUGACGGUCGUGAGCGGCAAGGACCGCCGCAUCACCUUCUUCGAGUGCCCCAACGACCUCAACGCCAUGCUGGACCUGGCCAAGAUCGCCGACCUCGUGCUGCUGCUCGUGGACGCGAGCUUCGGCUUCGAGAUGGAGACGUUCGAGUUCCUCAACGUCCUGCAGGUCGUGGGCUUCCCCAAGGUCAUGGGCAUCCUGACGCACCUGGACAGCUUCAAGAAGAACAAGAGCCUGCGCAAGACCAAGAAGCGCCUCAAGGCGCGCUUCUGGACCGAGAUCUACCAGGGCGCCAAGCUCUUCUACUUCUCCGGCAUCUCGGCCAACAAGUACCCUAAGGGCGAGAUCCACAACCUGUCGCUGUACAUUUCCAGGAUGAAGUUCCGACCGCUCACGUGGCGGAACUCGCACCCGUACAUGCUCGCGGACCGCUUCGAGGACGUCACGGCGCCCGACGACAUCCAGCGCAACCCGCUCGUGGACCGACGCGUGACGCUGUAUGGAUACCUGCGCGGCACGCACCUGAAGCCGGGCAUGAAGAUGCACAUUGCCGGCGCUGGAGACUUCUACAUGGACAGCGUCACUGCGAUGCCCGAUCCGUGCAACGUCCCGUCGAGCAAGAAGGCUGCGGACGGCACGGUCAAGAAGAAACACUUGACCCAGAAGGACACGCUGCUCUACGCACCGAUGUCGGACGUGGGCAACAUCAUGUACGAUAAGGACGCCAUGUACAUUAACCUGAGCCAGCUGAACUACACGAACCCGGACACGGGCGAUGUCGUGCCGGAUGGCGAGGACGCGGAUGGAGUUGACACUAGCGGCAAGAGCGGCAUGCGCAUCGGUCUUGGCGGCGAAGGCGUGGAGAUGGUGCAGAGCAUGCAGAAGAUGGAUGUCGGUCUUGAUGAGAGGUUGAAGGGUGCCAGCCUUUCGCUGUUCAAGAACACCGCUGCUAUCCGUGCCGACGAAGUCGACAGUGAUGAGGAGGAAGAGGACAGCGACGACGAGGAUGGCGAUGACGAGGAUGUUGACAGCGACGAGGAUGAAGAUGGCAAGCCGAACGUCGGUAAGCCGAAGGAGGCCAUUGUUCGUGACAGCACCGGCCGAAUGCGUCGUCGCGCUGUGUUCGAAGAAAGUGAGGAGACUCCUGAGACCACCAAGACUGGCGCCGAGUCGGACUCCAACGAUGAUGACGACAGUGAGGACGACAGCGAAGAGGAGGAGGAGGUGGUCACCGAGGAGCAGUCGCAGUUGCGGUGGAAGGAGAACAUGGUGUCCCGCGCUGCUGCCAACUUCCUGGAGCGCGAACAGGCCGACGUGAACCUUAUGGAGCUCGUGUACGGCGAGCGUCAGAAGCUCCACAUGACGGAGCGCGACCUUGAGAACGAAGAGGAGGCUAAGAGCGAUAAGCGUGCUCUGAAGGAUGACAGCGACGACGAUGACGACUUUUUCAAAUUGAAGCGCAAGUCGAACGCAACUGGAGAAUCUUCGUCAGCUUCCGAGAAGUACAACACUAUCAACGCUAUGGACUGCUCUCGCUUGCACCUGGGCAGUGAUGAUACGAGCGACUGGACGAUGCCGGAUGUGCUUGAGGGUAUUCGCAACCGUUUUGUGACUGGCUCGUGGAAGCGCGUUAACAAGAAGAGCCGCGGCGGCGACGACGACGAGGAGGAGGAGGAGGAUGUUGACGAUGACAAUGCGGACCCCAUGAACGAUGAUGAUAUGGACGGCUCCUUCGAAGACUUGGAGACGGGCGAGGUCCACAAGGGCGCUGCUGAUGCUGACAGUGAUGACGACAGCAACGAUGGUAGUGAUGACGAAGAAGAGGAGCAGGAGGAGACGGAUGAGCAGAUCCGUGAGCGUCUCCGUGCGCAGAAAUCCGCAAAGAAAUCAGUCGAGGACGACGACGAUGUCGAAGUUGGAGGUCAGAGGAAGAGCAAGGACGAUGAGGACGAAGAGAUGACGGAGGUUAUGGUGGAGGCUAAGCGCCUCCGCGAGGAACAGGCCAAGCGCAACGCUGAGGAGUUCGGUGAGGAAGGUGAGGAUAUGCGUCUCCAGCUGGAAGGUUUCCGCAACGGUCUCUACGUCCGCAUUGAAUUCUCGGGUGUCCCUGCUGAGUUCGUUCGCUACUACAAUCCGAAGAACCCGAUCGUUGUGGGCGGUCUUCCUAACAUGGAGGACACUCUGGGUCUGGUUCGUAUGCGUUUCAAGAAGCACCGUUGGCACAAGAAGAUCCUCAAGACCAACGACCCGCUGGUGUUCUCCAUCGGUUGGCGCCGAUUCCAGAGUCUUCCUCUGUACUCUAUCGAGGACACGAACGAGCGUCACCGAUACUUAAAGUACACGCCGGAGCACAUGCAUUGUCACGCUACCAUCUUCGGCCCAAUGUGCCCGCCUAACACAGGUGUGGUGGCCUUCCAGACGCUUUCUAACAAUGCCGAAGGCUUCCGUGUGAGCGGCACCGGCGUUGUGCUGGAGCUUGACCACAAGUUCAACGUGGUGAAGAAGCUUAAGUUAAUUGGUACGCCCAGCAAGAUCCACAAGAACACGGCCUUCAUCAAGGGCAUGUUCAACACGGAGCUGGAAGUUGCCAAGUUUGAGGGUGCCAGUGUCCGCACCGUCAGUGGCGUGCGCGGUCGCAUCAAGAAGGCGCUUCGUGGUGAGAAGGGCGACUUCCGUGCCACGUUUGAGGACAAAAUCCUCAAGAGUGACCUGGUCUUCUGCCGCACGUGGGUGCCUGUGGAGCCCAAGCAGCUGUACAACCCCGUAACGUCUCUGCUCACGAACGUGAAGAGCUCGUCGAAGAAGAGCGCAAUGAGACUCAUGAAGACGACGUACGAGCUGCGCAAGGAGCAGAAGCUGGCGGUGCCCGUGAACCCGGACUCGCUGUACAAGCCGAUCGUGCGCAAAGAGCGCACGUUCUCGGCGCUCAAGGUGCCCAAGAAGCUGCAGGCCAACCUGCCGUUCGCCAGCAAGCCCAAGGAGGACAAGAAGAAGGGCGGCAAGGGCUACCUGGCCAGUCGCGCGGUGGUGCUCGAGCCUGAGGAGAAGAAGAAGUACGGCUUCAUGCUGCGUGUCAACACCGUGCGUCGUGACCGCGAGGCGACUCGCAAGGAGCGCCAGAGCCAGCGCAACGCCGAGAACCUCAAGCGCAAGCAGCGUGAGGAAAAGCAGUUCGAGGGCGUGCACAAGGCGGAGAAGAAGGCCAAGUACCGGGCCGAGGGCAAGGAAGCGGCCUACCGCGCCCAGAAGGCAGCGAGGGGGUAA